UCAGGAAACUACAUCCAACUCCUUGGGGAAUACUCCUUGGAGAAUCCUCCUCAGAUAACAAUAAGCCAUCUCCAUUUGACGACAACCCAGCAUGUAACCCGAUGUUCUUAAGUCAGAUGAGUUCCAGUUAGUAAGCACUCUGUUCGCAAAACAAAUAAAUACACCGCAAGACCUCGCAUUGUGUUUCUACUUUCUAUAAGCAAUUCUUCAUCUCCCAACCAAGCAUUUCAUUCAAAAGACUCAUCAUCAUUUCAACUACAUCACAACAUGGCGUCCUCUACAAAGCACACUGCGCGAUCAAUUCUCGAUGCAUUCUAUGAGGCUGAGCGCACCUUCAUGGCCUCACCACCCGACCAACGCGACUUCAGCGCCAUGGCAGCAACUCUAUCCGAAGAAGUUAUUCUCAAAGAAACUUCUGGACUGCCCUUCGCUGGCGAAUACACCGGACAUGAUGGCUUCCUGCAAUGGGCAAAGUCUAUGCCCGAGUACUUUGACGAAGUCCAUGUCCAGAACCCCGAAAUAUUUGAAAAGGAGGGCUCAAACCGCAUCAUCUCUCUCGGGUAUUUGCACCUAAAGGUUCGCAAGACGGGAGAACAGCUGAAGUACCCAUUGUGCCAGGUCAUUCAGGUUGACCUGGAGGCUGGGGUUAUAAAGAGUAUCAUGCCGUUUUACUGGGAUGUGCAUCAUUUGAACAAGGCUAUUGGAUAUACGCCGGACCUGUAGAGGUCAACAUAGCAGUGAUGGACUCAGUAUUGGGACCCUCUCAACUCUCAGAAUAACAUAGAGAAUUAUAAAAUUACAAGUUUGUCUCGUGGAG